GGGGAGGCAGCUCGGGGGCGGCGCGCCGCGGUCGGGCAGCGCUCCGAGGGCGCCUGGCGGCUCCCCGGCGCGGUCGAAGGCUCCACACCGCCGCCGCCCGCUCUGCUGGAGCGCCACGACGGCCCUGCAAGCUGAGAAAAGCAGCCCCUGAGGAGUGUGACCUUAAGGUGUCUGGAAUGAAUGUGGCGCUCUCUGCAGCAGCAAAGGAAGGCCUCUGAGGAGGGCACCGUUUGGCGUGAGCGCGCACCAUGCUUGUCCACAGGUGAUCCCUGCUGGGCACCUUUGCUGCAAAAAGUGCAACCUCUGGACAAUCGCCUGCCACGAGCAUGUUCAGCGCAACCCAGAUAUCCAAGGCUCAGUUCCUUGACAAAGCACGCCAGGCCCGAGAGGAGCGCCGAGGGUUGAAGGAGCGCGAGCGAGCCGCCGUGCAGAUCCAGGCCCUCGUCCGGCGGUUUCUGUGCCGCUGCCGGCUCCAGCGGGAGAUCAGGAAAGAAGUGGACGACUUUUUUGAUGCCGGUGGGCCUGGCCCUGUUAAAAGGACAGCCCUCUCCAUCUUCAGAACCGCCCGGAAGCUGCUCUUUGUUUUUCGGAUGCAGGAAGACAAAGAGAGAUUUGAAAAGUUGUGCCGCUGUAUCCUCGCCAGCAUGGACGCGGAGAACGAUCCCAAGGUGUGGUACGUGUCGCUGGCCCUUUCCAAGGAGCUGAUGCUGCUGUGGAUCAAGCAGGUGAAGGCUGUGCUGUGGCUGAGCUGUGAGUUUCUGAAGCUGCUCAAGCCGGACAUCCUGCAAGAUUCAAAGCUGGUGAAUUUGCACCUCACGAUGCUGGUGACUUUCACAGACACGUCUACGUGGAAAAUCCUGCGUGGGAAAGGAGAAGCGCUGCGGCCCGCGAUGAGCCACAUCUGUGCGAACAUCAUGGGACACCUCAACCAGAAGGGAUUCUAUUCCGUGCUCCAGAUUUUGCUGACCAAUGGCCUGGCGAGAUCCAGACCUUCCUUCUCCAAAGGCACCCUAACCGCCGCCUUUUCUCUUGCACUGCGCCCCGUCGUCGCGGCUCAGUUCUCUGACAAUCUCUUGCGGUCCUUCCUGAUCCACAUCAUGUCUGUUCCUGCUCUCGCGACGCAUCUGGCUACGCUUACUCCCGAGCGCCUAGCCGUGAUAGAAGCGCAUGACCUCCUGCGCAAGUUUAUCUUGUUCUUGAGCCAUGAAGAGCAGUGCAGAGACGUCUGUGUGUGUUUGGAAGGAAGCCACACGCUUUGCCUUCUGGGCAACCUCAUCCACCUGGGCUCCCUGCACGACAAGGUGCUGGCGGAGGAGACGGCGCGCUUCGUGCGGGUGCUCACCCAGAUGCUCUCGUACUGCCAGCGCUACGUCUCCCAGAAGAAGUCCAACCUCACGCACUGGCACCCCGCGCUCGGCUGGUUCUCCCAGACGGUGGAUUAUGGCUUGAACGAGUCGAUGCCCCUCCUCACCAAGCAGCUGCAGCACCUGUGGGGCAUCCGCCUGAUCCGCAUCUUCUUCAGCGACGUCCUCAGCAAGAAGCUUCUGGAGAACCCCGAGGCCCCACGCCCCCUGGGGCCGCCGGCCUCUCCGCAGAGCAGCCUGCCCGUGAAGAGUCUUUUCAAGCGAGCCUUUCAGAAGUCCGCCUCCGUCCGCAACAUCCUGAAGCCCGUGGGCGGCAAGCGGGUCGACUCGGCCGAGGUGCAGAAGGUCUGCGGCGUCUGCGUCCUGUACCAGGUGGCGCUCACCACCCUGACGCAGAUCCGCCUGCAGAUCCUCACCGGCCUGACCCACCUGGAUGACCUCCUGCCCAAGCUGUGGGCCUUCAUCUGCGAGCUGGGCCCCCAGGGCGGGCUGAAGCUCUUCCUGGAGUGCCUGAACCACGACACCGAGGAGUCCAAGCCGCUGCUGGCCAUGCUGAUGCUCUUCUGCGACUGCUCCCGCCACCUGAUCACGAUCCUCGACGACAUCGAAGUCUACGAAGAGCAGGUCUCGUUCAAGCUGGAGGAGCUCGUCACCAUCUCGUCCUUCCUGAACUCCUUCGUGUUCAAGAUGAUCUGGGACGGGAUCGUGGAAAACGCCAAGGGGGAGACCCUGGAGCUCUUCCACUCCGUCCACGGCUGGCUGAUGGUCCUGUACGAGCGCGACUGCCGCCGGCGCUUCGCCCCCGACGACCACUGGCUGCGCAAGGACCUCAAGCCGAGCGUGCUCUUCCAGGAGCUCGACAAGGACCGGAAGCGGGCCCAGCUGGUGCUGCAGUACAUGCCCCACGUCAUCCCCCACAAGAACCGGGUCCUCCUCUUCCGGAACAUGGUGACCAAGGAGAAGGAGAAGCUUGGGCUGGUGGAGACCAGCUCCGCCUCGCCGCACGUCACCCACAUCACCAUCCGCCGGUCGCGCAUGCUGGAGGACGGCUACGAACAGCUGCGCCGGCAGACCCAGACGGCCAUGAAGGGCGUCAUCCGGGUGAAGUUCGUGAACGACCUGGGGGUGGACGAGGCCGGCAUCGACCAGGACGGCGUCUUCAAGGAGUUCCUGGAGGAGAUCAUCAAGAAGGUCUUUGACCCCGCCCUCAACCUCUUCAAGACCACCAGCGGCGACGAGAGGCUGUACCCGUCCCCCACGUCGGACAUCCACGAGAACCACCUCCAGCUCUUCGAGUUUGUUGGGAAGAUGCUCGGGAAAGCCGUUUACGAGGGAAUCGUCGUGGAUGUUCCCUUCGCGACGUUCUUCCUGAGCCAGCUGCUCGGGCAUCACCACAGCGUCUUCUACAGCUCCGUGGACGAACUCCCCUCCCUGGACUCCGAGUUCUAUAAAAACCUGACCUCCAUCAAGCGCUACGACGGAGAUAUCAGUGACCUGGGCCUGACGCUCUCCUACGACGAGGACGUCAUGGGCCAGCUGGUCUGCCAUGAACUCGUCCCAGGAGGGAAGACCAUCCCGGUGACCAAUGAAAACAAGAUCAGCUACAUCCACCUGAUGGCCCACUUCCGCAUGCACACCCAGAUCAAGAGCCAGACGGCGGCCCUCAUCGGCGGCUUCCGCUCCAUCAUCCGCCCCGAGUGGAUCCGCGUCUUCUCGGCCCCGGAGCUGCAGCGGCUGAUCUCCGGCGACAACGCCGAGAUCGACUUGGAGGACCUGAAGAAACACACCGUGUAUUACGGCGGCUUUCACGGCAGCCACAGGGUCAUCGUGUGGCUCUGGGACAUCCUUGCCAACGACUUCAGCCCCGACGAGCGGGCCAUGUUCCUCAAGUUCGUCACCAGCUGCUCGCGGCCGCCGCUCCUGGGCUUUGCCUACCUGAAGCCUCCCUUCUCCAUCCGCUGCGUGGAGGUGUCCGACGACCAGGACACGGGGGACACGCUGGGCAGCGUGCUGAGGGGCUUCUUCACCAUCCGGAAGAAGGAGCCGGGCGGGCGCCUGCCCACCUCCUCGACCUGCUUCAACCUCCUGAAGCUGCCCAACUACAGCAAAAAAGCCGUCCUGCGCGAGAAGCUGCGCUACGCCAUCAGCAUGAACACGGGCUUCGAGCUCUCGUAGCCCCGGCCCUCCUCUGGCGCCAGGGGGCGGUCCUGGCCGGCCAAGGCAGGUGGGCUCUCUGUGGGGCUCGGCAGAGGAAGGACGUGGCGGGGCCUGGUGGUCUCCGGGGCUGGAGACAGGACUCUCCCGGGCCCGGCGAAGCGCCCCACGGAGGGGCUGCCUCGGGCGCCGCCUGGCUCUCACGCACGGAAAGCAGCUGGCCUGCCGGACGUGGAGUGCGGUCUGGGGAGCGACCCUCGGCGAGGGGCAGCGGGGUUGCUGCGGGCCCUGCCCGGCUGAGCGGCCAGCUGGUUUCCGGGUGGGUUCGGAAGGUGGAGUGAUCCUGGUCCUCGGUGGCCCUUCCCUCACGCUCGGGCUACCUUGCUCCCCCUCUGCCUGUGUCCCUGCCAAGCAAGGCGUCGCUGGCCUUCGGAGACGGGGUUGGGCCUGGGCGUGCGCGGGACCCGAUCGGAGAGGUCCAGGUGCCGGCGGGCCGAAGGCAUGGAAAGGUAGCCGAAGACGGGCUUGCUGGGAGCACCGCUGCCUCUCCUCCCAGGAGCGUUUCCGGGCCUUUGCGUUCCUGCUCUCAGCCAUUCCCCCGCCCUGACCGACCGGCUCUUGCCCUCUGCUGCCGUCCUCUCGGAGCUGGGGCACAGCCGCCCCUGCUGGCCGGGCUCUCUGGGGUCGGCUUCUGGCCGUGGAGCGCACUCGAGGUGUGGCAGCUGGCACGUUCUGGUGGGCUCGGGCCUGAGGCGGGCCGGCCCUUCCCGGGGCUCCCUGCUGGCCAGGCCUGGCUCUGCAGGGUCCCUGGGAUGCCUGGCCCUCCCCCCACAGGGGCCUUCCAGCUUUCUGGGGGAGGGGCUGCAGCUUGCCAGCUCCCGGACAGCACGAAGCAGCUUUCCCCAACUGGGCGCCCACCCCCUGGCUGGACUGACGCUCCCUUUGGCCAUGCCGGCUGCGGGUGGAAGGAGCUUCAGCCACGGGGUGGGCGCCCAGCUGGGAGGCUUCAUUCAGGGGGCCGUGACUGGCCGGCAACGUCACAUCCCAACUCCCCGCUCCCCAAGCGCAUCUCGGCUGCCACAGAACCCACGUGGGAUCCGGCACGGUCCUGCCCCUCCGUGUCUCCUGCGCGCACGGCCCCGUGCAGGACGCCACGGCCUCGCACCAGGGACCCGCCAGCUGUGGGCACGGCAGAGGGAGGAAAGGCCACCGGAGUCCCCUGGUGGUCUCCCCUGGUGGUCUCCCCCGGCCACCCAGUCCCAACGCCUGCAAAUCCAUGGCCGACCACAGAUCGCCCCAGGCGGCCCCCGCUCUGCCCUCUCAGGGACCCCCUUACGCUGAACCCGUUUUAAGUGUCAGCCAGGAGACCAGCACCGGGAGCGCAGACCAGAUGCAGCGCAGCUCCUGGAGGCGUCUCGGCUGAGGCAGCCCGUGCGCAUGUACAGGCCUCGGAGCUUCCAUGCACGUCUGUGUCCCCCCCCCCCCCCCCGCCGAGCCAGGAGUCCCCUGCAAGGGAGAAGCGCCAGUUGGAGGUGCUGUUUCUCCCAGCUCUCCUUGGUGUGGGAAAUCCACACCCACACGGACUUUUGUCGGAUGCAUGGCCUUGGCUCGCACUCCCUUUUGCCCCUCCGGCGUGGGGGCUGCUUUCUGGAACCGGAAGCGCAAGAAUGGUGGGCGACACCCGUUCUAGUUUUUCUUUUUCGUUUCUGCAAGGCGGUGCCAAGCUGGUGCGCACUGCUCUUGCGAUCCGCGCGUGUUCCCCAUGGCUCCGGGUGAUGGUGGGGCUCCUGCCAGGAGGCGCUUCCUUUUCCUUUGUGAAUUUUGUGAAAUGGGUGGCAGCAGCAGCGAAGGAUGGGGUCACUGUGACUAAAAGCAAACAGUGGAUUGAGGUUUUCAAACGUGUUUUAUUUGCUAGUUUUAGUCCUCUCAUUUUUCAGAGGUCUAGCCUAAUGCUGUCUGACCCGAGAAUUCUCCCAUAGUUGACCCCUAAUUCCGAGAUGUCAAAUAGUUGUUGUUGUUCCUGAAAAAGAUUCUAGCGAAGGGCUGUGCCCAGAUGAGCAUGACUCUCUUAGCCAAAUAUCCGUCUCUGCCCCCCAGUCUUUUCUUCUUGAUUUCACUGUCAAAGUUGCAGGAGGAUGCCUCUCUGAGGUGGCAUGCCCAGAGUUCUCUUGAGGAAUUUGGCAAUACCGCACUGGAUUGUGGGAUGCCCAAGAAAUGGGGCAGGGGCAGGGAGAGCGCCCGAGGAGCGCAAAAAGCUGCUGUCCUUCUGUGUUGGACUACCUCACCCAGGCACGGGGAUGCUGGGUGUGGUAGCCCAGUACAUUUCUGAGGGCACCGAGCAGACGUGCAGCGGCCUCGGUCAUCGGUAUGUUGAGCUGGAGCUGGCUUGGCCGGGCCGGGGCUUAACGGCGGUCUCCUCUCCCAGUUAGAUGAGGCGAACUGGGCCCUGCAGCGCGUCCAUCAGGUAGGGAGCUGCAAAGCCGCCCUCCUCCGCCUCCCCCGGCCCGGGCCUUGCUUGCGCGGGGAGGCAGCCGCGGGAGACGAACACGGAAUUCCGCCCCUUCUGUAUCUUGGCAAUUUAGAGUUACGGCUCUUCCUCCAUGUUGCGAAUUCAGGAAUGUAGGAAAUAAAGGCGACAGAUUGGCUGAA